GCAAAAUGUAGCAAAACCAAAUCUGUUAAUCUAGAAGUUGUUUUUCCUUUUCUUUCCUUUCCUUUCCUUGCCUUGUGUUAGAUUAGAUUUUAGAUUCAGAUCAGAUCAAUAAUUAUACUUAGCUAAACCUAGGAGGAGUAGCUAGGGUUUUGAGAGUUUUUGGGAUACCAAGAGAUGGGAGAAGCAAAACGCAUCUCUCUACGAUUAGCUCUUGUAUUUUUAGUAGCUUUUGUUUCCUUCGUUCAGCUACGAGCAGACUCUGACGAUAAUAAGAUCUUCUACGAGUCAUUUGAGGACUCAUUUGAAGGACGAUGGACUCUGUCUGCUAAAGAUGACUACAAAGGUGAGUGGAAGCACGCGAAGAGUGAAGGUCAUGAUGAGUAUGGCCUUCUUGUGAGUGAAAAAGCUAGGAAGUAUGCCAUUGUGAAAGAGCUCGACGAACCGGCAACUCUCAAGGAUGGAACCAUUGUUCUCCAAUUCGAGACUCGUUUUCAGAAUGGGCUUGAAUGCGGUGGCGCAUAUCUUAAAUAUUUGCGUCCCCAGGAAGCUGGGUGGACUCCUAAGGAUUUUGACAAUGACUCUCCUUAUUCUAUAAUGUUUGGACCUGACAAAUGUGGGGCCACAAACAAGGUGCACUUCAUUCUUAAGCACAAGAACCCAAAGAGUGGCGAGUACAUUGAACACCAUCUCAAAUAUCCACCAUCUGUUCCAUCUGACAAACUCACCCAUGUCUAUACUGCCAUUCUGAAACCUGACAAUGAGCUGCGAAUUUUGGUUGAUGGAGAAGAGAAGAAGAAGGCAAAUUUUCUCUCAUCUGAUGAUUUCGAGCCUCCUUUAGUUCCUGCCAAGACAAUUCCUGAUCCGGAUGAUAAGAAGCCUGAAGACUGGGAUGAGCGAGCCAAAAUUCCUGAUCCUAAUGCAGUGAAGCCAGAUGAUUGGGACGAGGAUGCACCUAUGGAAAUUGUAGAUGAGGAUGCUGAGAAACCUGAAGGAUGGUUAGAUGAUGAGCCUGAGGAAAUUGAUGAUCCUGAUGCUGCAAAACCUGAAGAUUGGGAUGAUGAGGAGGAUGGUGAAUGGGAGGCACCAAAGAUUGAUAACCCAAAGUGUGAGACAGCACCUGGUUGUGGUGAAUGGAAGAGGCCAAUGAAAAGAAAUCCAGCUUACAAAGGAAAAUGGCAUGCUCCACUUAUUGACAACCCCAACUAUAAGGGUAUCUGGAAGCCUCAGGAGAUUCCAAACCCCAACUACUUUGAGCUUGAAAAGCCUGACUUUGAGCCCAUUGCUGCUGUUGGCAUUGAGAUCUGGACAAUGCAGGACGGUAUUUUGUUUGGACAUAUCUUGAUAGCAGAUGAUGAGAAGGUUGCAGAGUCACUCAGGCAGACAGCAUGGAAGCCAAAGUUUGAUGCUGAGAAAGAGAAACAGAAGGCUGAGGAUGCAGCUGCUGGUUCAGAUGGUCUUGCUGGCUUCCAGAAGAAGGUGUUUGAUCUGCUGUACCAGGUUGCAGAUAUUCCUUUCUUAAGCGAGCACAAGGACAAAAUUAUUGAUAUUAUUGAAAAGGGAGAGAAACAGCCCAACCUCACAAUUGGUAUACUCGUCUCCAUUGUGGUGGUGAUCUUUACUGUGCUUUUUAAGAUCCUCUUUGGUGGGAAGAAGCCUGCAAAAGUAGAAGAGAAACCUGCACCAGCUGCUGAGACUUCGAAAAAGGAAGAAAGCAGUGGAGAGAAAGCGGAAGAGAACGAGAAGGAAGAUGCUGCAGCUGCUGCUGCUCCCCCUCGCAGAAGGCAAGCCAGGCGCGAGAACUAAAAGGACAAUGAAAGGAGAGUGGUCCGCUUCAACUUUCACUUUUGGUAGAUCUUCAGUUUAGGCGUCUUUACACUCUUGCUGGCUGGAUUCUUGCUUAUUCUCUCUUUUUUUCUUUCUUUUCUUGUUCGGGUUUUGUGGCUCUGUUUUGGAGCAUAAAAUGGAUGAAGAGUGUAAAUGACAUGAUGAUCUGUGAGGUUUUGAUACUUCAUUUCCCGCCUCGGAAGUAAAAUUAGCCUGCCAACUUAAGGAUAUUAUUGUUGAUUUGACUAUUAAAGAAAACACAUGCAACUAAUGUGAAAGUAGCAUUUUUAUUUA